AUGGAUGGGCGAGGCACCGUCGGUGUCGCCGAACGGUGGAAUGUGGUUGUCACUUUUCCAGAUCUGGACGAUGAUGAUGAUUACUAUGGACGAUCCUUUGAGGAGGAAGUUGCGAUGUCUCCUAGCGUCAAUGAAUACAUGUACCAACGCCAACGUAUGGUUCCUGAAUUCAAGUUAGGCUCGAAAUUGAGUGAUUUUAUCCCGGAAGAACGUCGAGCUCCCGAUGAAUACGGUGAUGACGAUAUGUUCGAUAUGGAAGAGGAUAACGCGAAGAGUAGUAAGCCCGCGCCGCCCACGGCACCAUCAACUUCCACAGCGUUGGAUACUGGUCCACCCCCCGGAUUGGGAUUUGAUCAACCGCGUCGUAAUUCUAAACCGAUUGUGAUAUCCUUAGGACCGAUAGCAGGCCAUGGGGAAGAAAAGCCCGUAAUCCCAAACAUUACGAACCUUCGCAUUUCUGAAGCCGAGCGUAGUGAAGGGAAUAAAUCACCCACUAGAAAAAAGGCUUCCAUGACGUCCGCGGCAACAUUGCCGGCAAAUUCCAGCAGUCAUAGGUAGAA